AUGGCCAGCACUAGUGCGAGUGGAUUAUUUGGACGUGUUGGCGAGUUCAACGUCGCACGUGAAACGUUUAGUGCCUACGUCGAGAGGAUGGAAAUGUUCUUUACAGCCAACAACAUUGUAACGACAACAGGAGAGGGAAGCGCUGCCACCAACCUUGUGGUAGCGAACAGGAAACGUGCCAUUUUCCUGACAGAAGUGGGGCCGGAGGUAUACACAACCCUCAGCAACUUAUUGGCGCCCACUAAACCGAAGGACGUGUCAUUCACUAACAUUGUGGAAGUCUUGGAGAAACACUACAACCCGAAGCCCCUGGAAAUCGCACAAAGUUUUCACUUUGGCACGCGAAAUCAAAAAUCCGAAGAAUCAGUUAGCGAUUAUGUGCUGGCUUUGAAGAGAUUGGCGGUCCACUGUAAUUAUGGUGAAUUCCUCAAUCGGGCGUUACGUGACCGAUUCGUAUGCGGACUGAACAAUCCGAAGAUACAAAACAAACUACUGAACACUGAUGACCUCACAUUCGAAAAGGCUUGCAGUAUUGCCAAGACCAUGGAGAUGGCAGACAGGAACACCCAAGAAUUUCACCCUUCACGCAGUGAAACUGUUCAAGUAAACAGGUUGACAGAACAAGGAAGUAAAAACACUGAAAAGAAGAACACUGAACAAUUGUCAUGUCCUAGGUGUGGGGGUAAUCAUUCAGGUCAGUCUUGUAAAUUUAAGUCAGCAAAAUGCUACAAGUGCUCCAAGAUUGGGCAUUUAGCUUCUGUUUGUCGCAGUAAGGAUGAAAAGAAAAAGGGUAAAAUUCAUAGUGUACAGGCUUCAGAAUCAGGCAAUGAUGAGUGUGAGGAUGAGGAAUUAGGAAUUUAUUCUCUGAAUUCGCUUGACCAAAACAAGCCUAAUUGCAAUAGGUACACUGUAGAAAUGGAAAUCAAUGGUAAACUGUGUAUGAUGGAGUUAGACACAGCUGCAGAUUUCUCAAUAAUGAGUAGAAGUGAAUAUCUAGAGAGGUUUGCAGACAAGCCUCUGUCUCCUUCUAAAAUAACACUUAAGACAUACACGGGUGAAUUACUUGAUGUGUCAGGGGAAAUGCAGUGUGACAUAGUGUAUAAGAGUAAACAAUACUCUCUACCCAUUCUUGUAGCCAAUUAUGAUGCAAAACCUACUUUACUUGGUAAAAACUGGCUGCGGCACAUUAAGUUUGAGUGGGGUGAGAUAUUUUGUAUUCCCAAGGGAGACCCUAGGAGUGCUGAUAGUCAACUGAAUGAGUUGCUAUCUAAACAUAGCGAAUUGUUUACUGAGAGUUACAAAGGUAUGACGGGCCUUGAGGCCCAUAUUACUAUGAGAGGCGAUGCAAAACCUGUAUUCGUGAAAGCGCGUAGGGUUCCAUACGCUUUAAAAGAGCAAGUCGAAAAAGAGUUAGACAAACUAGAAAAGCAUGGUGUUAUUAAGAAAGUUGACAGGUCACUUUGGGCUAGCCCAAUUGUGGUAGUGCCAAAGGCUGAUAACACUGUCAGAAUAUGUGGAGACUACAAAUCCACUAUCAAUCAGUCAGUUGAAGAUGAGCAAUAUGUUUUACCUACUACUCAGGAUUUGUAUGCUGCUCUGGUUGGCUCUAAGGUAUUUAGUAAGCUUGAUCUAUCACAUGCCUAUGCCCAGCUGAAUGUUGACAAAGAAAGUCAAGAGUACUUGACAAUUACCACUCAUAAAGGCCUUUAUUCCUACCAGAAAUUGCCCUAUGGGGUCAAGUCAUCCCCAAAAAUCUUUCAAGCAAAAAUGGAUCAAAUUCUUCAGGGAAUUGAAAAAUGUGUUUGUAAACAAGAUGACAUCUUGAUAGGGGGCAAUGACUGGCAAGAGAAUCUCAAGAUACUUGCUGAUGUGUUGGACAGGCUACACCAAUACAAUUUGCAUUUAAAACUGGCAAAAUGCGAGUUUUUGAAACCUGAAGUGGUUUAUCUAGGUCUGAGAAUAAGUGCCGAAGGCCUGCAACCGGUGGAGGAGAAGAUCAGUGCAGUGAAAAGAGCCCCAGCCCCAAAGAAUGUGAGUGAAUUAAGGUCCUUCCUGGGCAUGGUUCAGUAUUAUCAUUCCUUUUUGCCAGGGCUGGCUACAACCUUAGCACCUCUGCAUAGGCUUUUGCAGAAAAAUAUUCAAUGGGAAUGGACAGAUGACUGCCAGAAAGCUUUCGAGGCAUGCAAGGAGGGCCUCACCAGUGAGUCGCUGUUGGUCCACUAUGAUCUAAAUCGUGAACUUAAGUUAGCUUGUGACGCAUCGAGUUAUGGUUUGGGGGCAGUGCUUAGUCAUGUAAUGGAGGAUGGUCAAGAAAGGCCAAUAGCAUAUGCGUCACGUACCCUCAGCUCAAGUGAGAAAAAUUAUGCUCAAAUUGAACGGGAGGCCUUGUCUAUUAUUUUCGGGGUAAAAAAAUUUAAUCAGUUUCUAUAUGGACGAAAGUUCACUUUAGUAACUGACCACCAGCCAUUGUUGGCUAUUUUGGGCCCAAAAGCUGCUAUACCCACACUUGCAGCUGCCCGUAUGCAGCGCUGGGCACUUGUCCUUUCAGCAUAUGACUAUAACAUUGAGUACAGGAGCUCCGAGAAGCACAGCAACUGUGACGCCCUUUCUAGAUUACCCCAUGAAGAGUCUAAGAUUGGCAGUGAGAGUGAGAUUUACAAUGUAAGUGCCAUUGACAAAGAUUUCCCCAUAACUGCAAAAGAGAUUGGGAAAGCUACAUUGAUGGAUCCAGGGUUAAGCAAGGUACUUGAUUGGGUCAUGGUGGGGUGGCCAGAGGUUUGUGAUGAAGAUUUAAAACCCUAUUACACCCGUCGACAUGAACUUUCUUGCGAACAAAAUUGCAUUCUCUGGGGUUCCAGGGUGAUCAUUCCCCCAGUAUUUAGGGAAAAGAUGUUGGAGGAGUUGCAUUGGGAGCACCCAGGCAUUUGUGCAAUGAAAGCAAUAGCACGCACCUGUGUUUGGUGGCCCAAGAUGGAUGAGGAAAUUGAACAAAAGAUUAAACUAUGCUCAGUGUGUCAGGAUGUGCGGACCUCUCCACCUUGUGCCCCAUUGAUACCCUGGAAAUGGGCCACGCGACCCUUUCAGCGUAUUCAUGUUGAUUUUUGUCAGAAAGGGAGUGAUUUUUUUUUGUGGUGGUUGAUAGUUUUUCAAAAUGGAUAG